CAGACUUCCAAGGCUAGGAGAUGGAAACUCCCGAGGAAGAGACACGGAACAGGAGGGCAGGAGCACAUGUCAUCCAUCUAUCCUGGAGAGACGCACCUGGCCGCUGAUGAGUGGCCAUGUGUCAAGCGCAUAGAGCAUCGACGAGACCAGCAGGCCGACCAGCUGCCCAUCCACCCAUCCGCCCCCUGGCUCGGGCUAGGCACAACCGCCGCGGCAAUGGGGCGCCGAUCGCUAUCGGUGGCCGCCAAGACGCCGCCGUUGUCGUCGUUCGACCACGCGCCCGAGAUCAACAGCAGCAACGCCGCGCCGCACAUGUACCGCGGCUUCGUGUCCAACACCACACUAGCGACCUCGCCGUGCCACCAGCCGGACAUGCGAGGCCUUCACGGCUCCUUCAUCAGGCCGCUGUCGGUGGCGUCGACCAAGUGUGGGUGCUACGCCGAGGCUCGCGACGUGUUGCCAAACACGUAG